UUCCAGUGAUGGACUAUCCAGUAAUACAUGCUGAAACAAACCCUUUCUUCCCUAAGUUGCUUUUGGUCAGUGUUUUGUCAGAGCAGGAGACUAUGGUGUUGCAGCUGUCAGUUCCAGAAACUUUUGUAAACUGGCCCCCAGUUUUCUCUUUCUUAUUCAUUUCAUUUUGGGGAACCUCUGACUUCCAUGGUUUGUGGUUAUGGGUGGAUGAAAGUUGUACAGCAGGGAUGGAAACCUUAGGCCUUUGGGGCACUUCCUUGUGUCACAUCCUUGUGCCUUCAGGGCCUGAUCAAGACUCUGAUGGUGGAGUGUUGCAUACUAGACAGAUUUUAUGGGAUGAGUCAAACAUCAUCUGGUUUGUGCUGGGAAAGCCUAGUUGCAAAGAAACUAAGAGGCUUAUUGUAUUAGUUGGUUCUCUGGAGAACAGAACCAACAGAGUGACUAUAUGUUACAGUAGGGGGUUUAUUAAAAUAGCUUAUAGUGAAGGGCUGGGUAGUUCAAAAUUGUCUGAGUUUCCACAGAGGCUGAGAACCCCAGGGCUGCUCAGUUCACAAGCCUGGAUGCUUCAGCAGUGCAGGUCUGACCUUCUCCCUUCAGUCUUCUCCUUCCUGGAAAUGAAGGACUUACAGACCUGCCCAGAUGCACACAUCUUAAUUGAGUCCUGAUCUAAUCAAGUUGAUAAUCAAGAUUAAUCAUCAUUUGUAUGAUUAAGCAUUCAGGGUCAAUAAGGCCUUACAGUAACCAAAGCUAUCUCUCUGAAGGAGAGAGUGAUCUGCAGAGGGUUUAUUCAUUUACUGCUAGGGCAGCCAGGAGCUCCAAAUAGUAUAAAUAGUAUUCCUGUCUGCCAGUGUCAUUUCUUACACAUCAGUUUCACUGAGAAACCCUGUCUCGGAAAACAAAACAAAAAUAACAAAACAAAUAUAUAUAUUUCAAGCCUGGUGGCUAACUCCUUUAAUUCACCUGGUAGGAGAGCAGCAAGUAGAUUUCUGUGAAUUUGAGGCUAGUGUGGUCUAUAUACUGAGUUCUAGGCCAGCCAGGGCUGCUGAGACCCAGGUCUGUGGCCCAGCAGAGUAUAUGGUCCUAAUUUGAUUCCUCAGAACUAUACAAAGGUUACUGAUGACAAUUUUAAUUUUAGAUAAGUAUUCAGACACCGUAUAAUUCCAGCACUUGGGAAGUGGUGGCAGGAAGAUCUGGAGUUCAAGGCUAGCUUCAGCUACAUAAAGAAUUUGAGACUAGGUUGCAUUAAGCGAGGCCAGCUGUCUCAAAAACAAACAAAAAUCUAUACACAUAUAUAUUACAAUCAGAAGUUAUAAGGCCAGGAACAUACAUCAGAAUAAAAUUAGUCAGAAAUAAGUAAAGUCUAUUUAGAGUAAACCUGGAAAAUUUAACAGUAGUCUUAAAUAAAAGGGAAAACCAUCUGGGCAGGCUACUUCAACACUGUAGGUCAGCUGAUGAAGGACGCUUCAACCGAACAGCUCUCCUGCUCAGUUAAUGUUCUCUCAAGGCAGGAAGAAUGUUCCUUCAGUUGUUUCUCUGGUUGUAGACAACUUGGUACCAAAGAUUACUUGGGAAAUAAACCCAAAGCUAGUAAACACUGAAGAGGGACUUGGGAGGGGGUUAAACUUUAACACAUGUUAAAUUAUACUAUUUGGUUUGUACAAUUAGAACAGUAAAUAGGGUCAGGGAGAUGGCUCAGCAGGAAGGGCGCUGGCGCCAUGGCAGUGGGGGGUGGAGAACGGAAAGGAGGAUGGGAAGUAGAGGGGAAAGUUUCCUUUCUUGGCCUGCAGUUAGUUAUUGAAAGGGGUAACCAGGGAGUAGUAGGUUAAUUAAUGCUGGAUGUUAGAUAAGCAUAUUUCCUGGUUGGUGAUUAAAGGGGGUUUAUAGGGUAGGGAGGGUAAGAAUCAGAGAAACAACUCACUCAGUUAUAGAAACGUUAGUUCCAGAAACUGCUAGAGUUUAACCAAAAUGGAGUUGCUGUGGAGAUGGCCAGGCCCUGCCUAACACACACAGGCACAGCUCUGCAUUCCACCAAGCUAUGGGCAGCACAUAACCUCCUGUAUCUGCCCUUCUUCUUCCUCUCUGGUUCCUUGUCUCACUGAGGGCACACACUGUGAUGUCUGCUAUGCGUCCUUUAUUCUGCAAUCCUCUGCUCGGUGGCUGGGCUUCAUGGCCUUGUGUUACAGUUUGUGUUGCUUUGAUUUACCUCCACUUGUAUACAACUCAAGAAUACAUAUUUUUUUUCAAGAUUAGAAUACACCCAUGGCAAAUUGAGUACAGCAUGAAAAGAAGGUUGGUACGUGGCACACAGUUACACCUGGCUGAAGGGUCCUGGAACUGUGGAAGACAAGAUCCACGAGCCAAGAGAGCUGGAAACCAUAGGGUUUAAAUACCCCAAUGGCAGGUUCUUCUUGCCAAACUGCAUUAGCAACUGUAUUGUUUUAUUUUUAUUUUUUGUAUUUUUUUUUCAAGACAGGCUUUCUCUGUGUGGCCCUGGCUGUCUUGAAACUUGCUCUGUAGAUCAGGCUGGACUCAAACUCAUAGACCUCUAUCUGUCUCUGCCUGUGAGAUUAAAGGUGUGCACCACUACACCCAGCAUAAUACAAACACAGCUUAAAUGUGAAGACACGGAUAUGCUAGACAACAAUGAUUUGGAAGACAGAACAAACAACACCAAGCCUGGGAAGAGUGUAUAUUAAUUUCAAAUCACAUAGCUUCAAGAAAAUGGAUGCUACAAAAGAAGAAGAGAGAUGAUUCAUAAUGGUAUGUGCAGGUGCCUAAGGAAUCCAGAAGAGAGCAUUGGAGCCCUUUGAAUCUGAAUUACAGGCAGCUGUGAGCUGCUCCAUCGGGUACUGGGAUUCACUCAGGUUCUCUGCAAAAGCAGUAGGUUUUGAGAGUUGUCAGCUGUGCCAUUUCCCUGGGGGAGUGUGGUGAGUCCUAGCAACAAGGAAAAGAUCUGGAGCAUAUAAAGAAAGAAAGCACAGUGAUUAAAGACCAGGCAGGUAACAAAUGAUGUUCUUAGUUUUGUUUGCUCAGGCCUACCACGCUUCAGACACUAGGUGUCAGCAGAACACCUUGUCUUUCUCUGAUCUCUAUUGUCAGUUGGUGACAAGCGCUCUCUCUCUCUCUCUCUCUCUCUCUCUGUCUCUCUCUCUCUCUGUCUCUGUCUCUCUCUGUCUCUGUCUCUGUCUCUCUCUCUCUGUCUCUCUCUCUCUGUCUCUCUUCCGUCCCUCCCUCCCUCCUUUAAAAUUAAGUGCGGUUUUUGAUAAUUUCAUACAAGUACUAUAUUUAUAUAAUUUACCCCAACUCCUCCUGUGUUAGUCCCUCUUAAAUUAAUGACUUCUUGUUUAAUUAUUAUUGCUACACAUAUAUGUAUAUAUGCAUGUGUAAAUGUACAUAUAGUGUAUGUGUAGAUAUACAUUAGUGUAUACAUAUACACACACACGACUAAGUUUAUUUAGUGUGGCUUAUGUACAGGUGUGACCACUUGGAACUGGAUAACCUACCAGGGGACUUGUCCCUGGAGAAAGCUGAUUUUCCUCCUUUCUUAGAACUCUCCCAGUCACUGAGGCAGGUCUUACUUUGUGGUCCAGGCUGGAUUUGAACUCCUUCUGCCUUUCAAUAUCCCAAAGUUCUGGCUCACAGGCUGUACUACCUGUUAGAGGGCUGAUUCUUUGUGUUUUAAAGUAUAAGAAGUUUUUCUUUCCUUUUUUAUGACUUUAUAUAUAUUUAGCUCAUGAUCCUGGCUACUAAUGAACAACAAGAGGAAAGAUUUCAGCAAAGAUGUGGAACUCACAAUAUUGCUUGGGACAAACUCUUCAAAGAAAAUAAUCUUGUCUAAUCCCAGCACUUGGGAGUAAGAAGCAGGUGGAUCUCUGUGAGUUUCAGGCCAGCCUGAUUUACAUAGGGAAUUCCAAGCCAGUCAGAGCUGCACAAAGUGACCCUGCCUCAAAAAAAGAAAAAAAGAAAAUACUCUAAUCUUAUGAUUUUAUGAGUAAAAAAGAGAGGCAUGGUAGUGGACACAUUGUUUUUCCUUUAUUUGUGUGUGUCCUCAUAUAUAAAAUUAUAAAAUAUAUUGUAUCAGUUUGGAUAUCAAUGUGACAUUUUCCUUAGUUCUGAGGUAACUAGCCUAUGAAAGCUAAACUCAGAAUGAAGUCAAGGAUGGUCUUGAAUUCCUGGCCUUCCUGCCUCUACCUCCCAAGCGCUGGAAGAACAAGGAGACACUACCAUAUCUUUGUUUUGUUUUAAUUUGAGGUUCCUCCUCACGCUGUGGUCCGAACUUGAAUUUUCCGUUUUCCUGAUUUAACCCAAUGGGUAGUGUGAAAGCUUUUACUUAUUUCACGCCUGGAAGAAGAGCGUCUCACAGUCAUUCCACAGGGCCCAGCCUCACACUCUCUGUUUAAAGGUUUUGUUUACUUUGUGUUUGAGCCUGUCUCACACUCUAGCUCAUGCUGUCCUUGAAUCCGUGGCAAUCCUUCUGCUUUAGUCUCCUUUGCGUUCGGAUUGGAGGAAUAAGCCACCAUGCCUGGCACACUCACAUUUCAACAAAAACACACGAGGGUGGUACUUUCUCUGCAUCCUCCCCUCCCUCUCCUCCUCUUCUGUCUUUAUGUCUCCCCAGUUUUACUUUGUUAGCACUUAACCAUGUUCUAACUAGCUUCAUACUUGAGAUCCCUUUAGCCUCGUUCUGCUGGGUCCUGGAAUUAUAGGCAGGGCAACCACAGCUAGUUUAUUGUCUACUUUUCUGACAGCGGUCAUCCUAAAGGGUCUUCCCGCGGUUUGAUUUCUUUUCUCCUAAUUAGUAGGGAUCUUGGUCGUCAUUUCACAUGCUUGUUGGGCAUUUCGUUAUUAUUUUGAGACAAGGUCUCCUAGUGCAGGCUGUCUUGAACUGACUAUAGAUGAGACUGACCUUGCCAAGAAUUGGGACUACAAAUCCCAGGUAAGUGAGACCAGUUUAUGUGGUCCUGGGAAUCGAACCAAAGGCUUUGUGCACUCUAGGCAAGUUCUUCACUAACGGAGCUUCAUCCCCAGGCUUAGUAAACUCUUUUAAAAGGUAUUUGGAUUCACGAUGCCCAUUGGAGGGACUAGAGGUCCAGGUAAUUCUCCACGACUCAGCUCUGGCCUUGUCUCCAACGCUACCUGGAGUCAGUCACAAAGAGCUCAUCAGCAAGUGAGAGGCGGACGACCUUCGUGCCUUCGGCUUCUGGACGAGCCCGCUCGCCCCACCUCUCUAGCAGAAGCCACGCCCCUGAGCGCGUGAACACGCCCUUUACUUGCGUGCCCCUGCCCCUCCCGGUCGCACGGAGCGGCGUUUCUUGUCACGUGGCGCCGUUAGGUCAUCCGCGGGUGGACUGCUGAGGGUUCCCGGAAAGGUGUCGCCUAGCAGGGAUCAGAUUCCCGACUGAGCACAGCGCGGGUCUUUCCGGUCACAUGCUGCACGGAGCCGCGGCUAGACUCGUUAUUGCUAGGCAACGGGUUGCACGCUUUGUCCCGUGCUGCAUCCUAGCUGUCUAGGAGGAUCUGGGCGCCGCAGGCGGACAUGGACCAGUACUGCAUCCUCGGUCGCAUCGGGGAGGGAGCCCACGGCAUCGUCUUCAAAGCCAAGCACGUAGAGACUGGAGAGAUCGUUGCCCUCAAGAAGGUGGCCCUGCGGCGGCUGGAGGAUGGCAUUCCUAACCAGGCCCUAAGGGAAAUCAAGGCUCUGCAGGAGAUCGAGGACAGUCAGUAUGUGGUACAGCUGAAAGCCGUGUUCCCACAUGGUGCAGGAUUUGUGCUGGCCUUCGAGUUUAUGCUGUCAGACCUGGCAGAGGUAGUGCGCCAUGCCCAGAGGCCCCUGGCCCCAGCACAGGUCAAGAGCUACCUGCAGAUGCUGCUCAAAGGUGUUGCAUUUUGCCACGCCAACAACAUUGUGCAUCGGGACCUGAAGCCUGCCAACCUGCUCAUCAGUGCCUCAGGCGAGCUCAAGAUCGCGGACUUUGGCCUGGCCCGGGUCUUCUCUCCAGAUGGUGGUCGCCUCUACACACAUCAGGUGGCCACCAGGUGGUACCGCGCUCCUGAGCUCCUGUAUGGUGCUCGGCAGUAUGACCAGGGCGUCGACCUAUGGGCUGUGGGCUGCAUUAUGGGAGAACUGUUGAAUGGGUCCCCCCUGUUCCCGGGAGAGAAUGACAUCGAGCAACUUUGCUGUGUGCUUCGCAUCCUGGGCACCCCCAGUCCUCGAGUCUGGCCGGAGAUCACAGAGCUGCCUGACUACAACAAGAUCUCCUUCAAGGAGCAGGCACCGGUGCCCCUGGAGGAGGUGCUGCCUGAUGCCUCUCCCCAGGCCUUGGACCUGCUUGGCCAGUUCCUCCUCUACCCUCCACACCAGCGUAUCGCAGCCUCCCAGGCCCUUCUCCAUCAGUACUUCUUCACAGCUCCUCUGCCUGCCCAUCCCUCUGAGCUGCCAAUUCCUCAGCGCCCAGGGGGACCUGCACCGAAGGCUCACCCGGGCCCCCCUCAUGUCCAUGACUUCCAUGUGGACCGUCCUCUUGAGGAGUCACUGCUGAACCCAGAGCUGAUUCGGCCCUUCAUCCCAGAGGGGUGAGAUGCUCGCCUAGUCCUGCCUACUUGCCCCAGGAGCAUCUAGACAGCUGUUCCUCUGCCUCUUCCUGAUUUGCCUCCAUAGCCUCCCCAUGGAUACACACACCACACCUCAUCCUACUCCUUAGCCUGCUUGAGGACUGGGCCUCAGGGGGCAGAACCAUGAAGAUGUCCAGCCCAGCAGAGAGCGAGAGUCACAUAGCCUCCGGAAACUGCUAGCUGUGUCCUUUCCCAGGGCCACCACUCUGUGGUGUCCCCUACCUUGGAGAUGGUUCUCCAGGCUCUGUCUCCUGUUCAAGUCCAUUGCUAUUACAGCAGCACUUGGGGAGGAACAAGAGUAAGCUGUCUUCAUACUGGGUGUGCACCUGGGAAGGCAGGCUUGCUUUGGUUUGGUUUCCAGAGCCCUCUGGACCAGGAUUUGAGGUUCAUAUAAAAGCUCGGAGUGUUUCUGCCUGUUUCUGUUAGGGAAAUGGACAAGAUGCCCCUUAAUUUAUGGGGUCAGUCACCCAGAAGGCGCUUCCAGCCAGGGCCACUUUGGUGCUGUGCCAUUCGUGUGCCUGGAGUGAGGGUCCAGAAGCUGAGGCCCAGGGAUGAACAGUUUUGCUCCCAAAGCACAUUUUCCACAUGUUGGGCAGUUAGUUUUUCUGCAGGACGAGGGUAAGCUGGAGGCUCCCAUGCACAUUUGAAGCAGGCAUUCCUGGAAUUUAGUAAAUAAAUUCCAGUGUAACACAGCCAGCUUGUUGAUCUUUAUUUUAUAGUAAUAUAGUAAGAUGAAUCUAAAACAGUGGUUCUCAACCUUCCUAAUGCUGUGACCCUUUAAUUCAGUUCCUCAGGUUAUAACGACCCAACCAUAAAAUUAUUUUCAUUGCCACUUCAUAAUUGUUAUGAAUUAUAAUGUAAAUAUUUGAUCUGCAUGAUAUCUGGUGUGAGACCCCUGUGAAAGGGUCAUUCGACCCCCAAGGGGUCACGACCCAUAAAUUGAGAAGCACUGGCCUCAAAGAAUACUGAGAUGUCGAGUACCAAGAGGAGGAGCAGACAGAAGAUGAUGAGGACUUGUAUAGCCGAUAUUAAGGUUUACUAUAUGGUUAUGUAAGGACUAAGACAGAAUAUUGUUUCAGGAAUAGAUGAAAUAGAAUCUUAACUAUCCAUUAUUCAAAUAUAUAACAAAAUUUGCUAGUGACUUUGGGAUACACCUGUAACCCUAGCUCUCAAAGGUCUGAGACAAGAGGGUUCCUAAGAGUGAAAGAUCACCCUGGGCUAUAGUGGGAGAUCCUGUCUGAAAAAAAGUAUAUGUGUACAUAUAAUAUACACACAUAGGAGACACAUUAUAUUCUUAAAAUGUUUGUUUUAGUCCUAACAUGCAUUGGUUGUUGUGUGAGUAUUGGGGACACAGAGGUAACUAACAGAUUUACACCAUGCUGCUCUCAGGAAAUCCUGAUGUCUUCAUAACCCGAGCUCUGUUUAUUUCUCUGAUCAUGUCUGCAGACUCUUAAGAGCUACAAGAAACUAAUGGGUGACAACUUGUGUCUGGACGCUCUUUGGAAACAAAAGUACAGGAUGAUAAAAAAUGUAGUCCAGGGGCUGGAGAGAUGGCUCAGAGGUUCAGAGCAUUGCCUGCUCUUCCAAAGGUCCUGAGUUCAAUUCC